UGUUUGUAUUUUGUUUUCGCGGGAACAGUGGAAGAUGAGUUCUUGUUGUUCUUUUGCAUUAGUGUGUUUAAAAUACCAGUACAGCAAGUAAUGUUUUUGUAAAUGACAUUUUUGUUGUAGUUAUGGCAUCAAGUAAUGAACUUGGCCCAAAAAGUGAGAAGCGUGUGACUUUCAAAGAUGACAUAAGACUUAAUACACAAGUGUCAGUUCCAUCUCGGAUACCCGUUAGAUCAAACUCCGUAUCACGGCAUAGCUGUAGCUCAAAAACUGGAGCAAUUAAAAAAUCGCCCAAGAAAUCUCAGGCGAAAAAAUCGUUAGUUAGAAAUGUCGAGCAACCAGUAUCAGUCAGCCGACAUAAGGGACUAUCCCAAUGUGUCGAUGUCCAUAGUUUGUAUUCAACAACAAGCAGUAAAACUAGUGACUUAGGCGAACCUCCGCAUAAAUAUGCUGUCCCAGAAUUGUACACAACCUUAUGCUUGGCAAAUGAAAUCCGUAAAACAGCUCAAACAGUACCAAAGGCGACGAUCAAAAGCACCAAGGAUUUACCACCUGUAAAAUGUCAAGUAGCGGAAGAAACGAUUGCCAAGAAAUUGAAUUUUCCUAUCGAGGAACAUCUGUACCGGGACUUGAUAGCCCUUAACGUGCGUGAAGAAGACAUUGUUCCUGCCAUUGGAGACCGUCCUUCAUCUCGGGUAUGGAAAAAGUUUCCUAAAGACAAAGAACCACAACUGUCAGACUUUUUCAAACCACAGCCAAUGCCAGAAUACUGUUGUAUACCAAAGGUGACUGUAAAACCAAUAGGAAAGAUUCAAAGUUACGAUGGUUUGUCACUGUACAAGCGCCAACAACUUUGGAACAUGAGCAGGCCUGAAGAUACCUGAUCGUGAUGUGGCAUUUGUGGUUUAUGAUUACAGGCUGAAAACAAUUGCGUAAGAGAUUCCGUGUGUCAUCAUUGCUGAUACACUUUCUUUCGGGUUGAUUUACCCUUAGAUUAUGCAAAUGAGAGUUCUGCUAAUUGUUGUAUUCUUCAUUUGCAUAGGUUGGAGAAGCUCCCGAAAAUAUGCUGUUUUGUCCUUGCGGCUUGCAGUUGAUUUCUGCUAGACAUACUGCUAAUUGUAUAAAGACGAUUUCACUGUUUGCUGCUAUUGUGUUUAGUGAAAGUGACGUGUAUGCGUAUCAUAUGUGCCAGAGACUGUGCAUGUAAUUAAUUUUUCUUUUGAAAUGCCUAAAUCCACUAUUGACUCUUGAAAUAUGUGAUGAAACCAUGUACUUUUAAGUUAAGCAUUUUCUUAUCAUUGACUAGAUAUUUAUUGAAGAAUUCCUUAAAAGUAAUGCUUCUUUUGCUGUCUCACAAGGCAUCUUCAUUGAUAGAAAAUGUAAUUUUAAUGUGUCUAGGUAUGCUAUCUUAGGAAAAAUAUAGUAUACAAUUAAUUCUAAUGUAAUGAACUUGGUUUAUGACUGUGUAAUAUAAAGGGAAAUAAGUUUAGCCUAGCUGGCAGAUGUAAUGCUACUGGGAAAAUUGUGCACAGUAAGUAGAGAGACCCACUUACCUGAAAGUGAAGUAACCUUUCUGUAGUGGAAGUUUUAAUUCUUACUACAAACUGAAAUUAUAGCUUAAACAAUUGCAAGGCAGAGCUAGCCAGAGUGCAUAAAAAUGUUAUCGAAUGUUAGUAAUGAAACCUCAUUGACUUGUUUGCCAAGUCACAGAACUUGAGGCAAGGAGUGGAAAUGGUACACUAAUCUCCAGCAUUGGUAUUUUCUAUUACUGUGCUUUCAUUCACUAAGGUUCUCUUUGAUACCACAUUCCUUCUGGUGGUUAAACCUAUAUCUCAGUGUAUCCUAGAGUGACAUUAGAUUAUUUACCCAUACUUUAUACUAAACAUGAUAGCCAAAUGGAAACUUUAUGCUCCUUCUUUCUGUGAAGUUCCAUCCGAGAUAACUGACCACUGCAGUCCUCUAGCCUAAUUGUGUAACAUGCAUACGUUUAACUAUAUGCAGUACAGAUGCUGAUGACUGCACCAUGUAUCUAAUGCGAGGAUUAUACUUCAGUAACCAUGUGGUUCUGAAAGGAAAGAAAACUGUAAAACAUUGUGACAACACGGCCCUAGUUGCAGACAUAUGAAAUAUCUAAGGAAAUAAUACAACCAUUUCCUCUCAAGUGGUUCAAUUGGAAUAAAAUCUUUAUUCUGUAGUACUGAUUCAUUUUGACUGUCAGUGAUUGAUGACUGCAUGUAUAUCAUAGCAGUAACGAUCUAGAUACAACAGAAAUCAAAAGAAUAAAAAUGUCUUA